AUGUUGAAUUUGUAUGAAACUAGUAGCAGUAGUGAUGAGGAAAAUGAUCUGCUAGCUAAUAUAUUUCAAAAUAGACGAAAAGAAAAGCGUAUUAGAGAACGAGUAAACCACAUGGAAUAUUGGGAUGAAGAGGAAUUUUUUAUACGUUUUCGUCUUACAAAGGAUAGUGUCAGGCAACUAUUAGAUAUUAUUGUGGAAACAUUAGAAACCGCUACAAACCGAAAUGCAGCUAUUACACCCAUUACUCAGUUGUUGCUGGCACUGAGGUACUAUGCCACGGGAAGUAUGCUCAUUGUUGUAGGAGAUUUUUGUGGUGUACACAAAUCAACUGCAAGCAGAAUGGUAAAGAAAGUUUCCGAAGCAAUUGCCAGCCUUAGGAAUCGAUUUAUUAACUUUCCACAAGAUCCACAUGAAAUUGAUAGGAUUUGCACAAAAUUUUAUGAAAUUGCACGAUUUCCUAGAGUUAUAGGGACAAUUGACUGCACCCAUAUUAAAAUUCAGUCGCCGGGUGGAGAUCAAGCAGAGAAUUUUCGUAAUAGGAAAGGGUAUUAUUCUUUUAAUGUCCAAACUAUUUGUGAUGGUAAUUUAUGCAUACGGGAUAUAGUUGCGCGGUGGCCUGGCUCGAGCCAUGAUCAAACUAUUUUUAAUGCAUCUUCAAUCAAGGCAAAAUUUGAUCGAGGUGAUAUGCAAAAUAAGGUAUUACUCGGUGAUAGCGGUUACGGUUUAUCACGAUAUUUAAUUACACCUUUGCCAAACCCUAUACUGCCACAAGAAAUAUUAUUUCAAGAAGCAUUACUUCGGACAAGAUAUGUUGUUGAGAGAAGCUAUGGUGUAUGGAAGCGAAGAUUUCCUAUACUUUCAUUGGGAAUUAAAUUAGAUUAUACACGGGUACAAGCUGUAAUUGUAGCAUGUGCUGUAUUACAUAAUAUAGCCGUUUUAAAUGGCGAAAAUGAACCACCGUUAGACCGCGCUAUUCGAGACAAUUUUUUACAAGGUAUACAAGAAGCAAAUAUUCCCAAUGGUCUCGGUAAUGAAAUAAAUGAAAAUGGUGCUAAUUAUAAAAAAGAAACCGAAUGUAUUUCAAAUAUUGUACAAGUCUAG